AUGGAUAGCUACUCCCUCCUUUACAGCUCGUCCCACAGAACCGAGCUGCUCGGGCGCUUCCAGCAGCUUCGCUCGGACAGGAAGAUGUGCGACGUGGUGCUGGAAACGGACGACGCCUCCUUCCCCUGCCACCGGGCCCUUCUGGCCAGCUCCAGUGAUUAUUUCUGGGCGCUGUUCGGGGACUCCACGGCAGAGAGAUCAGCACCGUCUAUAAGGCUCCCGGCGCUGACGGCCGAGGGUUUAGACGCCAUUUUGGACUUCCUGUACUCCGGUUGGCUCAGGGUGUCACCGAGCACACUCCCUGACGUUCUGGAGGCGGCGAGGUACCUGCAAGUGGACACGGCCGUGACCAUAUGCGAGCGCUACAUGACCGAUGGGCUCAGUGCUGAAAACUGCUGCAGCUACGCUAACCUAGCGGAGCAUCAUGCGCUUCCUGAUGUGCUGGACGCCGCCAACUUUACCAUCGCCAUGGAGAUGGCCAAGCUGCUGCGGGAAAGAAGAGAUGACCUCCUCGGAUUGAACGUCCAUUCGCUCAUGGCGGUGCUGGAUGCCGAUGAAAUCCCUGCAGUCAAGGAAGUGGAGCUCGUCAAAGUGGCUUUGGAUUGGCUGAAUGAGAACGGGCCCCUCCCACUGCUGCAAUCCAACCUCCUGCUAAGUCGUCUGCGCUUCGGAUUGGUCGCUCCUUCCGACCUAGCACACCUUGUCCACGUCCACAGAGCCAUGGCCACGCCUCUGAUAAGAAGUCAGGUGACCCGGGCGCAGGAGUACCACAGAACAGGUUCGGCCGGUCCCAUCAGGCAGAACAAACAGUCCACACUCCGAGCAGCGCCGGAUCGCAUGCUGCUCGUCGGUGGAGGAUCCAGCCCGGACCGACCCGAGCAGCAGGUGCUGAUGUUCAAUAUGAAAACCAGGACGUUUGCAUCUCUGACUUCCUGUCUGCCAGCGAGGCUGAGGAACCACUGCGUGUGUUCCUUGGGGGGCUUCCUCUUCGUGGUCGGCGGUGAGGUGGUGAGCGAGGCGGACGGGAAGCCGGUCACCGUGGAAACGUCCAAUCAAGUGUGGCGGUACGACCCCCGCUUCGACUGCUGGCAACAGGAGGAGUCCAUGCUGCAGAGUCGGGCCAAGUUCGCCUGCUGCGCCCUGGAGGACGCCAUCUACGCCAUCGGGGGGCAAAACGCAGAUUCCAACGUAUCCACCACGCUGGCUUCUGUUGAGUUCUAUGACAUGGCGGCAGGGGCGUGGAGGAGGGGUGCGCCCUUGCCCGGCCCGCUCCACGGCCAUGCUUGCGCCGUGCUGGACCACAGCAUCUACGUGUCAGGUGGUCUCUCGAGCAACAGCGGCGUGGUCAUGAUCCCGGGACAGAGCCAAAGCAGCAAGGAAGUUCUGCGCUGGGACGGAAUGGGAAGAGCCUGGAAGGCGAGGGCGCCCAUGUCCAUUGGCAGGUUCUCCCACCGAUUGGCGACCGCCCACGGUUACAUCUACGCCCUCCUGGGAAUGUACGAGCCCUUCUGCGACAUCGAGCGCUACGAUCCACGAGCCGAUCACUGGACACGUCUCAGGCCGCUCCUCUCCGCCACUUUCAACUACGGGAUGGCGGCGACGCCAAGCGGGAGUCUGGUGGUGUUCGGUGGGACGAAAUGGAGCAACGCGCGGGAGGUGGUGGUGACCAGCGUGCUGGAGUACGACACAAAGAAAGACCAAUGGAGGGAGAUUGCUCAGCUGCCAAGACCCCUCACGGGAACCGAGUGUACCUUACUUCCGAUGCCCGACUAAAAUGCGUCCAAAUUUGGGUGAAACUGAGUCCAAUGCCAUUGAAUGCACAUUUGCUCCACUACGCCAUUAUUAGCAGCUGGCUAGUUGAACUAAGCUAAUUACCUCACACUUCUAACACAUGGGAGACAAAGCUGAGCAUACAUUGUGCAAAUUAAGAGUGUUUUUAGCAUGAUUCGAGUAAUGCAUUUUUGGAAGAAAUCAAUGCACAAAAGACACAAAGCACUCCAGAUGUUAAAAAUAUAGACAAAAAAAUGAAUUAUGUCCCCUACAGGACUGGAGUGGACUAGCGCCGCCCUACAAUGCCAACGCUACAGUUGUUUGCUGUGACUUUGCCAUUGCUGUUUACUCAAGUGUCUAAAAUCCUACGAGGUUCCCCCAGCUUAAGCAGGAAAGCCGAGCCGAGAGAUGUUUCAGGACAAGGUGAGAAAGUUUAGCAGGAUAAGCCGGGUUGUCAAGCAGAGGAGAAAGGUCAGGAGGGUGAAAGAGGAUACACAGGCUGAAUAUUUCCUCCAAGGCGUAGAAGAAAACAUGCAUUUAGCAGCCAUUAUUGAUUAAACUUCAGCGUGGAAUCUGCUGUGUUGUGGAUUUUUAGCUUAUCUGACAAAGCUGCAGAGGGAAAAACAUCACAACAAGGUCAGGAUUGCUGCAGCUGGAAAUAAACAUUCAUUUUGGUAGUCGCCAUUACUUUCACAUUUCGUAUCAGCCAUGCAUACAUAUAGACAGUAAAUCCAAGCAUGGCGGCAAGGGGGCGUGGCUCUGACUUAAUGGGAAGCGGGGUUUCAGCAAUCAUCCAUGAACACAAAACCAUCUACCUCCAAACAACCAAACUUUAUUGAUCCAUCCGCUUGGUCCAACAGACAAAUACUGCUUUUAAAUUGAAUUCAUAGCUUGCGCAUAAAACACUCCUUAAAAAAAACAAGCUAAUAGUCAGCCAAGACAUACAAUGCAUCUGGAGCUUUAAAAACACAAAAUAUACUCAGAAUAAAUAAAUAAAUACAACUGUGCUUAUUUACAACAAAGACAAGCAAUGGCAGCAUGGAGAGAGCAUCAGCAUUGUGUGAUUAAUUGUUGUGGGAUUGGUUGAUAGUGUGGCUUUGUGCUUGUGUACGCUCACACUAAAGGUUCUGGAUGCUUUCUUUUUUCAUAAUACAGUGGAUCCCCGUAGAUUUGGGAUUUUUAAUCAAAACAUUGUUUUUCUUUGAGGAGAAAAGCAGCCCAUUUGUGCCUUCUCUCUCCCCUGAAACGGCCCAUCUUAUUUAACCUUAAUCAUCGGUAAGUGCCAAGUGAUUAGGUACAAGUAGAAGAAUAACAUACUGUGACAGCUUGAGUGGCCAGAAGGAAACUUGAACCUGCUUUAAAAGGAAGUGCACUUUUAUCUGCUGAUAGUAGCUUAGCAAACACAAAAGGGGUCAUCAACUCAAAUCACGAUCUCACUCACGAUGCAAUCAACGCAAACACGAGGCAUGAUGGGAACCGAUGUGCUACCUUGCACUUAUUUGAGAUUUAUGGGACGUUUGGAGGAAAGUCACCGAUUAGAAAUGUUGAUCCAAAAUCAAGCCAGCAGAACGGUUUUGAGGGGGAGGAGCAAGCCUGUGUUGCGUACAGUGGAGCCGCAGCAGCAACACCUAGACUUUAUUUCACGGCCGUCAAAAUGACUGACAGGAGUCUUGCUAGCAAACAGCGGGGAUCCACUGUAUAAUAUUUUCAAGAGC